AAUGAAAAGUCAUUGUUGGUACAAGCAGGUUUAGAAUAAAGUUUAUUUGCGUGUUUGUAAACACUUUUAAGAAUGUAAUUUUUUGACUGAAAUUGAAUGUUCUGUCUUGUUAGAUUGAUCUUAUCGAUAUGCCUGUUUUGAAUUUUAGUUCAUUGUGUAGAUCAAAUUUAUGUUACAGUAAAAUAUUUUCUAGAACUAAGUUUACAAAAACGUUCACUAAGCCAAUAAAUAGCGCACGAAAAAUUCCAAAGCAUUAUAAAAAGCCUCUAUUCGAGCGUGAGCCAAUAGUAUUACCACCUAGAACUCCUGUGAUUCCUAAACAAAAGUUUGAUUACUUUUUAGUGCUGGACAUUGAAGCUACUUGUGAUUAUCCUGAUAAUGUAGAGCCUCAAGAGAUCAUUGAAUUCCCUGUCAUAAAAGUGAAUGCUGAAACUUUUAUACCUGAAGCUACUUUUCAUUCCUAUGUGAGACCAUUUGUUGUACCUCGUUUAUCUACUUUUUGCACUGAAUUGACUGGCAUCAUCCAAGAAAUGAUUGAUCAACAGCCAGAUUUUGAAGUCGUUUUCCAGAAUUUCUUAGCAUGGCUAGAGAAAGAACAAGUUUUAAAACCUGGUGUGAAAUUUGCAUUUGUUACUUGUAGUGAUCCUGAUUUAGAAUACUUUUUUCCAUUACAAUGCAAGAUAUCUGAAAUUGAAGUUCCAGAUUUCAUGAAACGCUGGAUAAAUGUCAAAAGGAGUUUUUGUGAUAUUCCUCCAUAUACUUAUCCCGCCAAUCUAACAACAAUGAUGAAAUGGUGUGAUAUAACACCUGAAGGAGAACUUCAUUCUGGUAUUGAUGAUGCUUUGAAUCUCGUGAAAGUGCUGAAAGAUCUUGCUCAACGAGGGCUUGUUUUCGACUUUAAUGGUUCAAAAGAAUGAAGUUCCUUAAGUAUUCUUAAAAAACUUAGAAUUGUGACUAUUGUGGACUACAUUUUCUUGCUUCCUUUUAAUAAACAGUCAUUUAAUGUGAUAA